AUGAGCCAUUCCAGGAGACCAUCACCUGUUCCCCCGUCACCCAGUGCAAAUUACACACCAGAAAAACCACGUCUUAGGAAGAGGCUGCAAAAGAAGUUACCGUCCCUUCGCCGCCCUGCGCCUAUCGAUUCGUCUGCUUCGAAUAAACUCAGUACUGCCGUCGGGCUAGUUGCUCAACAUGCCGGAACCGUCGGCCAACCUUCCCUGCAUUUGUCUCCAGACCUCAGCGACGCCAAAUGGCAUGAAUACCUACACAACAACAAUAACAACAAUAACAACGGCAAAACCAAAGCAGAAGAUCUAUCUAACCGACCAGAAGCCUUAGCUGACCAACCCGCAUUGUCGUCACCCCCAGAACUCAUACCAGAGUUCUCCCAUCUUGCCGUCAGUAGCUCAUAUCCAAGGCCUUCCUUCGAAAGCUCCAUGAGCUCGCCAACUUCUUCCAUUAGCACAAGAUCUAGCAUGAGACGACGUGCAAAAACACCGGUCUAUACAAUUGGUCAGCUCGAAAGCACUCCCUGCGUCAUAAAACCGGUCACAGUUGAUAGGUCCAGCGUCGACCUGAUUGCUCAGCAGUAUCAGGCCCUGAUAGAAUCACAAGAUGCCAGCUCUAUCCACGUCGACGAGCAAUCAGAUCUACUACCUUCACAGCAGACCUUGUACACCCGACCUCCGUCAACACACUCGCAUUGUGGGUCUGAUGAGCUUCCCACGGAACUGAGGCCGAGUACCUACCAGCCCCCACCUCAGCAGCGAGCCAAUUCUGCAAAUCAUUCCCCUGCGUCAGAUGAUGGAACAUUGGUCGCUUUCGACGAAGAAGCAAUAUACUUCAAACCUCUGUCCUUCUCUUCAGAACCACCUACACCGCCGCCACGGAGUCGAGCUCGUGUGGAACGCAACGCAGAGCCACCGCCAACAGAUCACAAUCUUAGCCUUCAGAUUUGCACGGAUCUCCUCACUCGCGAACUCUCGACAGCCAUGUUAGAAAGGCCACAUGGAAGUGGGGAGGACAUUUCGUCUCUCCAGAUAUGGGUCAUGAUUGAAGCAUACGAGAGAUUGAGGGACCUGGUGAGAGAGAACGAAGGCGCACAUAAUUUAGAGCCCAUCUUUGAGACAUGGUUGGCAGCUCUUUAUUCGCUGCACAAUAAGCUUACAAACGAUGCAAAUUCCCACGAAAGCCACUACGAUGUGGCAUGUUUGAAUUCGGAGGACCUAGACUGA